UUUCAAUAGGCUGGUCAAUAAAUAUAUUGUAAAACUAUUACCACAUUUUAUUACCAACUAUUACCACAGACGAUAACUGGAGACAGUCCUCCUGACCUCGGGUUCGCAUGCAAACCGUUCAGACCUUUCUGAUAACAGCCCGAUAAAAGCAGAUAUCCUCCUCCUGUCCAAGGUCUUGUCCUUGAAUAUAACCGUUCAGCAGGCGAUUACCUCCAAGAUCCAUUCCCUGGACCGCGGGCUCCGGGUCGCCACACAACGACAUGCUGUCCCACCUGCUGCUGCUGAUCGCGACCGCGGCCAUCGUCGCGGGGAGCCCCGCGGCGAGCCGGGCGAAGACCCACAACAAGCUGCUGAUGAUCUCCUUCGACGGGUUCCGCUGGGACUACGACCAGGACGUGGACACGCCGAACUUCGACCAGCUGGUGCGGGAUGGCGUGAAGGCCAAGUACAUCUCCCCUCCCGCGAUCACCAUGACCUCCCCGUCCCACUUCACCACCGUCACCGGCCGUUGGAUAGAGGGCCACGGCGUGGUCCACAACAUGAUGUACAACGCCACCACCAACCAGAAGAUCCCCCACAAGGUCGCCAUGACCCGGUCUGAGUGGUGGGACAACGGAGCCCUACCCCUAUGGAUCACAGCCCAGAACCAGGGCCUGAAGGCGGCUUCCUUCUACUACCCGGGGGGCGGAGUCACAUACCGAGGGCAGCCGGUGGACCGGGCGCUGGUGGAGGUGGCGAACCGGCCCGACGACAACGAGACGGAGUGGCGGGAGAACAUUGACAAGGUGAUGGGCUGGUUCUCCCAGGAGGACUUUGACUUCGUGACGCUGUACUACGGAGAGCCCGACAACGUCGGCCACGCCAAGGGCCCUGACCACCCCAAGAGGAAGGAGAUCAUCCGGCAGAUCGACCGCACCGUGGGCUACCUGCGCACCGCCAUCGCCCGCCACGGCCUGAACGACAGCCUCAACGUCAUCAUCACCUCUGACCACGGCAUGACCACGGUGAAGAAGCGGCCGGAGGUGGACGAGAUCGUCCUCAACAAGUACCUCAACCUUCUGAAGCUCACCAGCUUCGAGAUCCUGGACUACGGCGGCUACGGCAUCGUGACGCCGCGGCCCGGCCGCGACCAGGAGGUGUACGACCUGCUGUCCCUGGCGCCCAACCUCACAGUCUACAAGAAGGAGGAGCUGCCCGAGAGCUUCCACCUCCGGCUGAGCGAGCGCAUCACGCCCAUCGUGGUGGUGGCUGACCUCGGCUUCAACCUCAACUCGAGGUUCAUCGUCUACGUGAACAAAGGCGACCACGGCUUCCACAACGGUGAGAUGGACAUGAAGAUGAUCUUCAGGGCCUUCGGACCUGAGUUCAAGAGGAACUUUGUGGCUGAGCCGUUCGACAGCAUCCACAUCUACCCCCUGAUGUGCCGCCUGCUCAGGAUCCAAUCAGAGCCCAACAACGGCUCGCUGCUGUUCACUGAGGACAUGCUGCUCCAGGGGGUCCCAGGUGCAGUCGGGGUUCGCAGCCAAUCAGGUCUCGCUAUCCUCGCGUCGCUGGCCCUUUACCUUCUCACCGUCUGCUAGCCUUUGAGUCGUGUCCGUUUCUCCCCCCUUUCUUUGGUGCUCCCGGUCAAAUUUGACUGGCCUGUUUAAACUGCCCUUACAUUAACACAAAAAAAAAUUGUCAUCACCAAAUUUUAUUUAACUCCCUUUUAACCUGUAAACAAUGACUCAGACUACUGGUUUACAAGAAUAACUGCAGUGAAUAGCGACAGAAAUUGAAAGUUGUAUUCCAAAAUUAACAUUUAUUGUAAAAAAAAAAAGACAGAAAAAUCAAAACAGAGACCAAAUUCACAGAACAUCAACAUGAACACAAGGUUUGAAUUAGAGGAGUCACUAAAGCUUUCCCCAGCUCUUCCAGGAAGAGUCUCCUCUUGAAACAUUUGCCCUGAUUCCAGGCCGGGUCGAUCGCUGUCCACACCACAUAUGCAUUACAUGCAGACACAUCAAGGAUGUUGUGGAACACCGUC